AAAACCCCCAAUGUCUUUUAUCUCGCGCCGUCUCGCUUUCUUCCCUUUGGAUCGGGCGAUUUUGCAGCUAAACACGGCCGGUUAAACGAAGUUGUGCAGGAUUAAUUUAUAAAAGUAUCAAAAUGAUUAAUUCUGAGAUCAAUACGAUUGAGCUUGGGACCAAUGUAGCUGGCACCACCACAUUCCGUAAACUGCCGGUUUUAGCCGCAAAAAAGGUAGCACUUAGGGAUGUGCAGAACAAUAAUAGUAACGUAACACGUGCCAUCCAACCGGAAAGUUUGCUUCCCAUUGAGGGGCAAUCAUUUGUAGAUGCAGCUAAAACAUGUGGAACUAAAAGGCUUACACCAGAUUAUGCUUCACCUCCUCUCUUGGGCAAUAAUGGUGCACACGAGCAUUUCAAUUACCCCCGUAGGAAAUAUGAAUUUGAAGGAAACCGAGGAAGGAAUCUGGGGAGUACAGAAAAAAAUGUGGGUUAUCCACCAUCUGCAGAUGUACCCCAAAUUCAGCAGGAAGUAAACCAGAUAAAUGGGAAGAAUAUGCGUUACGGGUCUUUUGUGGCACCAAACCACAUAGCUUCGAAGACUUCUGUUCCUCGGUUUAAAGAGUCUAAAGAUGAACAGAGGACUGAACGAUUCAUGCGCUUGCAGAAUUUCAUCAAGCAAUGUGAUGGAUUUAAUCAUAGAGAGAAUAUUCAACCACUUCUGCAUUUAUCACCCUUGGAGCUUAGCAGACAUGCAGUUGAGUUAGAGAAAAGAGCAAUUCAGCUGACCAUAGAAGAAGGAAAAGAGAUGCAGCGAAUGCAAGCAUUGAACAUCUUGGGGAAGCCUUUGUCAACCAGAACUCCGAUGCCAAUAACACAAGAUAUCCAACACAAGAACUAAAUUCUAAUCCUGCAAAUAGGUUUAUCAACUCGUGUUACACAACUACGACAAUAGGGUGCCUGAAUUCCGAGGUAAACUUGCUGUUGCCUCAUACUCAUAUGCCACAUUUUUCAUAUUAAAUUUUGUUCAUUUUUUUUUUGCUAAAUUUUGUAACUUAUGAUAUGAACUAAUGCACUCUGUAUGUUCAUUUUACUCUUUUACUUUUUUUUUGGUUUUGUU